AUGUCUUUACCAUCGUCAGACUUUCGCAACAUCCGUCACUGGAUCCACAAUUGCGACCGCCUGCACACCGAUUGCCCACCGACGCCGAAUCAACAUCGCCAACCUCACGAAAUCCCGUCAUGGGUUCUUGACCUACGGAAUGGUUGUAUCGUGCCUGGCAGCACAGCCUCCCGCUACGUGGCUCUCAGCUACGUCUGGUCGACGAUUGAGAGUGAGAAGCUCACCCUCGAGCUGUGGACCGGUAACCUACGUCAGUUCCAAAAGAGCGGCUUCCUUGAUGGCAUGAAGCAGGGCUUCCUCCCCGAAGUUAUCAGCGACGCCAUCGAUCUUGUCAAGCAGCUAGGGGAAAGAUACCUGUGGGUUGAUCGUCUGUGUAUCGUGCAAGAUGGGAGGAUGAAACGAAGCGAGAUCGAGAACAUGGACAACAUCUACUCCGGAGCUUACUUCACCAUCAUCGCUGCUGCUUCGCCAGGCUUGUAUGUCAAUCUCGACCGGCGGCAUCGUGCACCCAUGGGGGUUUCCUUCUUCCACAGGUAUCUCUACGAUAAGCUCCUAAAGUCCAAAUGGGCUACGCGAGGGUGGACAUUCCAGGAACAGGUUCUUUCGCGACGCUCCAUCAUCUUCGUGAACGGGGAUGUAUUUUGGGACUGUCGGAACUCUUUAUGGAGCUAUGAGAGCCCUGGCCCUCGGAAGGAAGCAGGCGAGGGAUAUGACGCAUACUCUCAGAAACAGAUUGAUAACCAUGAGAUGGCGGUUACGGUGCCAUCGACCGCCUUCGCCGACUUUAGACUUUACAGAGAGCUUGUCUGCCUCUACAGCGGCCGUGACCUGACAUAUGCGCAGGAUGUCCUGUCAGCCUUUAUGGGAAUCAUCAACGAACUCUCACACACCUUUCCUGGUGGGUUCGUCGGUGGUCUACCUGUUCUGUUUCUGGAUGCCGCGCUACUGUGGCAGCCAUUCAGCAAGGGCAAACGAAGAGUCUGGACGCAAGGGAGAUCCGAGGAUGCGGACAUGCCCAAAUCCAACCUCCCAUCUUGGUCAUGGUGCGGCUGGCACGCUGUUGUCGAUCCGGAGAGCUUGCAUGUGCGCUCUCUGGAGUGGCUACGUCCACAAAUGCGGACUAAACCAGUUGUGACGUGGUCAGUUUUGUCGGAGGACCUGCGCCUCGAAAGGAAACUGCCCGAGUCAAGGAUUCUGGAAGACUAUUGCAGACGCUUCCUGGACUGGGGCGACUGGGAUACCCCUCCGGGUUGGUCACGCCACGACAUUAGGUACACUCCUCCCAGGAAUAGCACAUGGACAUACUGUGACACGCGCUCGCCCAAGCUCGACCCUAAUCUAUUCUACACGUUCACCCACAUUUCAGAUCCUAGCAAGCUGUUCUGUCAUCCCAUCCCGAUGGUGAACCCAGGAAGGAAGCCCACGGCCCACCCCCAAAACUGGCCGUACCUCCACUGUGAAGCAACGACGGGAUGUUUCAAGAUCCAGUCAAUUCUCAGCCGAAAGUCGUCAGCCCAAGUGAAGCGCAAGGAGUCCCGUAUAUCUUUGCUCCACGUGCCAUUCACGUCCCUCGACAAGUUCCACGGCGGACCGAAAGGAGAAGAAUUAUGUCGAGUCGUCUCCCUUGCUGAUGCCGACGGCCAGCCUGCCGGGCUGUUAAGACUCAUGGACGACCACACCGAGAUCAGACCCGGCCAGGAGAUAGAGCUGAUGGCCAUAUCGUUGGGAUCCAUGGGGUGGGAUGAGACAUUUUCGUCGUAUGAAGAACGCGUCGACCUGUUGAAGUCGGCCGAUUACCCACGCAUGGAGCACAGUUUUGUGCGAGACCCGCCUUCGGAUGAUGAGGAUGGUACAGGUUCCGAGACGGCACCGUUGACGUUUAGGCCUAGGCGUGCGGCGGCGGUAGAGACAGCUCACUCGCGAGCAGCACGGCCGUGGGGGCGUAAGGGGGAGGAUUACCGGUUUUAUAAUGUUUUGUGGAUUGAGCGGAGGGGUGGUGUCGCGUAUCGGAAGGCUGCUGGGAGGGUGGCGAGGGAGGUUUGGGAGAGGAAUUGUGGGGAGAAAUUGAGUGUUAUUCUUGGGUAA